AGUGACAUGUUGGACACAGUGACAUAUUGGACACUUUUACAUGUUGGACACAGUGACAUGUUGGACACAGUGACAUGUUGGACACAGUGACAUAUUGUUGGCAACAGCAAGUAUAUGCUUUAUUAUUAACUGGAGACUGUCUGACUGUCUGUCUGCCUGUCUGCCCGUCUGUAUGGCUCUAUGUCUCUCUGUCUGGCUGUCUGGCUGUCUGUCCCUCUGUCUGUCUUUCUCUCUGUCUGUCUGCCUGGUCUCCAGAGCUGUUCCAAGUGCCAGAGAGUGGGCGCUUCCAUCAGCUGCUGCUGGAAAGGCUGCCCUCACAAAUACCACUACAUCUGCGCCAAGGAGAUAGGCUGCAUGUUCCAAGACGACAACUUUUCACUGAAAUGUCCGAAACACGAGGCUUUGUAAAAUAGAGCACUACCCAGCCCCAGUGAGCAUCACCUAUGCAGUACGACAGACAGACAGAUAGGACAUCCCCCCACCCAAACCUGAUGAUGAUGAGUCAUGAUGAGACGUUAUGACGGACAGACGCAUCGGCCAAUGGGGAUGGCUGGGGAUCCUCUGAGGCACCACCGAUGGCAGCAAUACAGACACUAGACAGCAGGUCCCUCAGAGCAACCCCCGUAACCCCUGGCAACGGCACUGCUAUAUCUCAGCCACCCCUGAUAACCAGACAGAGAGAGAGACUGCAUUGUCUGUCUGAUAGACAGUCUCCUUCACGGACAGACGGACUGCGGUGUUUUGAGAGAGUCUUUCACAGCCCUGUCUGUCUGUGUCUGGAGUCUAGACACCUGGCAGCCAUGGUUACUUAGAGACCACCCCUCCAGAGAGAGUGGGGGAGAGAGAAGGGGCGAGACAGGGAGCUGUUUUAAAUUCACGCUGCACUGUUCUGCCUCUGGAACGGUCGCUAUCAUUUUUAGACACCUGGUGGAUUGCGAUUGGCCAGAAUAGGCCCCCUCCGGCUAUGCUGUCCGAGUUCCAGGUCGCGGUGUGUGUGUGACAUCAACUGUGUGUGUGCUUGUACAAGGAAGGGAACGAGCGUGUUCCAAUUCAAGAUGUCAUGCGUCAAAAGAAGCCGCCCCUCCCCUGGAUGUAUCUCGAUGUGCGCUUAAGUGUUAUAAAAAUUGUACAUUGCGUGCUUUAACAGAUUCUAAAUAUGAUUCUGAUAUUGACAGAAAGAAAAAAUAACGGUAUUUUAAUAUAACGCUCUUCUUCCGGUAUGUAUUUUGAUGUGCAUAUUACGGCUAUACGACACCAUUGAGUCAGCGUUGGUAUCUGUCCCGCUUUGUGUUCAAUUAAACAUUUUUAUAAAAAUCUAGGUUUCAAUAUUCACACUAGCGUACUACUUAGAAUGCAUGCCUUAUACAUUGCUUCAUUCUAAGUGGGCAGUGUGCUAAUUUGGAUAUUGGGGGGAGUCAAAACUCUGGGGGUCACCGAGUCGAAGUUCAGCCGUGUGCUCAUACAACAUGAUGUACAGUAGACGCCACAUCAUCACCAUAAAGGUUAAAGGUCAGGGCUUAGGGCCCGGCCCGCAUCAUCUCACACGUCAUGUCAUCUCAUCUCACCACAGUUCUUCCUCAAUAUCUCUGUCCAUCAUCUCCAUCACCAAAGGCUGCUGGCUCCAUAAAAAUGAACAAGGAUUCGACUCCAAUAAAUUCUUAGUCCUACACGACUUGAGUUCUCAGCACCAUAGAGCUGAAUCAACCGUACAGAGACUCAAAUAUGUCAUAAUAUGGACACCGUACAUUAACACAGUCCUCCCCAUUAAAUGGGGAACCGUGACUGUUGUACGGUGUCCAUAUUCGGACUGUUUCAGUUUUCUGACUCCACAUCAAGUGUGUCUCUCUCAUUCCUUUUUCUGUAUGUGGCACUCAGAGUAGCGUAGCCUGUUCCCCUUACUGCAGCAUUCUCACACACACAGACAGCCUCUUUAGGGUGUAGUGUACAGUACUUCAGUACUACUUUAGGGUGUAGUGUACAGUACUUCAGUACUACUUUAGGAUAUAGUGUACAGUACUUUAGUACUUCAUAUCAGUGGACACAUACAGUGUUAGGGCGUACAGUACAGACAAGAGCAAAGCAUCCCACCACAAACCUCUUCUUCUGAUUCUUGAUUAUGAUGCUCUCAUUAUUUAAUGGUGUAUAUAAGUAUUUGACGCGGUUUAAAUGUAAGAUGUGAUGUACUAAUAUAAUUGUGUAUAGUAUUUCCUAGAGAUGUUUAUUUUCUAUAAAAUGAAUAUGUUAUUGCUUAUAAAAAUGUUAUUAAAAGAAUCCAUUAAAAAAAGAGACUUUUGGGAAUGUCACUCGUUCUAAGUUGAGCAUGCAGUUUUUUUUAUUGUUCAUGUUUUCAUUGUUUGAAUCGAUGACACCACAGCAUCAAUUUGUGUGAAAUGUUUUUGUAACGCCAAUGUCAAAUAUACCAGCACCUUUCAAUGCUGCCCAGACCAAGGACUGUUCUUUUUUGUCAUCUUCUUCCAAAUCUGCACUGACACACAGACACACAUUGGUGAUCAUUAAUGACAGACUGUGAGGACAGAAAUACAGAUGUAAGAAUAGACAUGUCAUGACACACAAAGGUGCACACACACACACAGUACACACACCAAGGCUAUUAUAGUUUAGGUUUUUUGUAGUCAUGUACAUUUCUAGAAUUUUGCUUUCUAUUUUAAAUUCUGUUUAGUUUCAGUUCAUUUUCAGACCUGACUUGCUAGUUAUUAUUUACUUUUAGUUGUAUCGACAUAUUUCUAUUCGUUGUUAUAUGAUUUAGUUUCAGUUUCAGUGUUAAGGACAGAAAGCAUGCAUUGGAUCAGCAGUAGUACAUAAGGUCAUGGGUCAGGUCAUAAGUUAGGUUCGGUUUCUAAGUCAAUCUCAAUGUGAAGAAAAAGAAAUUGCGCUGAGACUGGUGCAAAAAAUAUGUUGUAAACACACUAAACCAUGUUUACACCAAUCCAAUGCUUUUUAACUUUAGUAGUACAUGUAAGAAUAAUGACAUGUUUCCCUGUUAGCUAGUGAUAGCUACACUGUAAAGGGCUUGCUGUGAAUUUGACAGUAACUUACAGGCAGCAAAGUGGCAAGUAAGUUACUGUAUUUCAUAUUGCAGUACUGUCACGCCCUGACCAUAGAGAGCCUUUUUAUUCUCUAUUUUGGUUAGGUCGGGGUGUGACUAGGAUGGGUGAUCUAGUGCAUUUAUUUCUAUCUUGGCCUGGUAUGGUUCCCAAUCAGAGGCAGCUGUUUAUCGUUGUCUCUGAUUGGGGAUCAUAUUUAGGCAGCCAUUUUCCCACUGUGUUUUGUGGGAUCUUGUUUCUGUGUAGUUGCCUGUGAGCACUGCUUGAGCUUCACGUAUCGUCUAUUCUUCUUUGUUGUUUUUGUGAGUUUCAUUUGAUUAAACAUGUGGAACUCUACGUACGCUGCGCCUUGGUACGUUAAUUCAUUAGACGAUCGUGACAGAAGAUCCCACCACAACAGGACCAAGCAGCGUGCCCGGGAAGAGAAGGUAUCCUGGGCUUGGGAGGAGAUAAAGGAGGAGAAGACAUCCCGGACUUGGGAGGAAAUUAUGGCUGGAGACAAAAGCCUUCCAUGGAAGCAGACGCAGGGAGAGAAGGGAGGACAGCGACGACGCCGGGGUUCGCGGCCACAGAGUAAGCCCAAAAGACAGCCCAAUUUUUGGGGGGGAGGCACACGGGGUGGUCGGCGGAGGCAAGGAAUGAGCCAGAGACCGUCGGGAGUCGAAGGAGGAACUCGAUGAAAGAUUCCGGAGAGAGGUGGUGGCAAUGAGAGUGCUGCAGCGUGGGCGUGCUGAGGAGCGUAACACCAGACCGGUGUCAUCUGGACCGGUUUCACGCAUCUGGCCUCCAGUGCGUCUCCCCAGUCCGGUACUUCCUGUGUUUCCUCCACGUACUCGCCCUGAAGUGUGUGUCACCGUUCCGGUACAAUUUGUGCCGGCCCUACGCACCAGGUCUCCAGUGCGCCUCCACAGCCCAGUACGUCCUGCGCCAGCUCCCCGCACUCGCCGUGCGGAGUGUGUCAUCGUUCCGGGCACCAUCUGUGCCAGCUCUAUUCACCAGGUCUCCAGUGCGCCUCCACAGCCCAGUACGUUCUGUGCCUCUGUAACGGAUGUGAAAUGGCUAGCUAGUUAGCGGGUACGCGCUACUAGCGUUUCAAUCAGUUACGUCACUUGCUCUGAAACCUACAAGUAGUGUUGCCUCUUGCUCUGCAAGGGCCGCGGCCUUUGUGGAGCGAUGGGUAACGAUGCUUCGUGGGUGACUGUUGUCGAUGUGUGCAGAGGGUCCCUGGUUCGUGCCCGGGUCGUGGCGAGGGGACGACGUAAAGUUAUACUGUUACACUGAUGCUGUUGACCCGGAUCACUGGUUGCUGCGGAAAAGGAGGAGGUUGAAAGGGGGGUGAGUGUAACGGAUGUGAAAUGGCUAGCUAGUUAGCGGGUACGCGCUACUAGCGUUUCAAUCAGUUACGUCACUUGCUCUGAAACCUACAAGUAGUGUUGCCUCUUGCUCUGCAAGGGCCGCGGCUUUUGUGGAGCGAUGGGUAACGACGCUUCGUGGGUGUCAGUUGUUGAUGUGUGCAGAGGGUCCCUGGUUCGCGCCCGUGUCGGGGCGAGGGGACGGUUUAAAGUUAUACUGUUACACCUCCUCCUCGCACUCUCCCUGAAGUGUGUGUCCCCAGUACAGUUCGUCCUGUGCCUGCUCCUCGCACUCUCCCUCAAGUGCGCCUUCCCAGUCAGGUACGUCCUGUGCCUGCUCCUCACACUCUCCCUCAAGUGCGCCUUCCCGGUCAGGUACGUCCUGUGCCUUCUCCUCGCACUCUCCCUCAAGUGCGCCUUCCCAGUCAGGUAUGUCCUGUGCCUGCUCCUCACACUCUCCCUCAAGUGCGCCUUCCCAGUCAGGUAUGUCCUGGGCCUGCUCCUCACACCCUCCCUCAAGUGCGCCUUCCCGGUCAGGUACGUCCUGUACCUGCUCCUCGCACUCUCCCUCAAGUGCGCCUUCCCAGUCAGGUAUGCCCUGGGCCUGCUCCCCGCACUCGCCCUGAAGUGCGUGUCACCCGUCCGGUGCCACCUGUGCCGGCCCCACGCAUCAGACCUCCAGUGCGCCUCCCCAGUCCAGAGCUUCAGGCGACGGUUCCCAGUCCAGAGCUUGCGGCGACGAUUCACAGUCCAGAGCUUCCGGCGACGUUUCACAGUCUGGAACCUCCAACGAUGUUUCACGGUCCGGAACCUCCUGCAACGGUCCGGAACCUCCUGUGACGGUCCACGGUCCAGAACCUCCAGCUCCAGGGCAGGAGCCUUCCACUGCGCCGAUGUCCAGCCCAGGCACCGCGUCCAGUCCGGCUCCAUGGCAGGAGCCUUCCUCUGCGCCGAUGUCCAGUCCAGGCACGGCUUCCAGUCCCGCUCCAUGGGAGAAGCCUUCCUCUGCGCAGAUGUCCAGCCCAGGCACGGCGUCCAGUCCGGCUCCAUGGCAGGAGCCUUCCUCUGCGCCGAUGUCCAGUCCAGGCACGGCUUCCAGUCCCGCUCCAUGGGAGAAGCCUUCCUCUGCGCGGGUGCCCAGUCCAGGCACGGCGGUCAUCUCAGCUCCAUGGCCGGAGCCUUCUUCGGCUCCGGUGCCCAGUCCGGGUGCAGCGUACAACCCAGCUCCAUGGCCGGGGCCCUCAUCUGCGCCGAUGCCCAGUCCGGGCACGGCGUUCUACCCGGCUCCAUGGCCGGACCCGUGGUCUGGGCGGAAGCAAAGUCCCUCACCAGAGCCGCCACCGAUGCUGGCAAAUCCACGAGCGGAGUGGGUACUUCGCCCCGCACCGGAGCCGCCACCGACGCUAGAUGCCCACAAGGACCCUCCCCUAUAGAGCCUUUUUAUUCUCUAUUUUGGUUAGGUCGGGGUGUGACUAGGGUGGGUGAUCUAGUUCAUUUAUUUCUAUGUUGGCCUGGUAUGAUUCCCAAUCAGAGGCAGCUGUUUAUCGUUGUCUCUGAUUGGGGAUCAUAUUUAGGCAGCCAUUUUCCCACUGUGUUUUGUGGGAUCUUGUUUCUGUGUAGUUGCCUGUGAGCACUGCUUGAGCUUCACGUAUCGUCUAUUCUUCUUUGUUGUUUUUGUGAGUUUCAUUUGAUUAAACAUGUGGAACUCUACGUACGCUGCGCCUUGGUUCGUUAAUUCAUUAGACGAUCGUGACAAGUACACCUACUGUAAUCUAAACACAGUAUCAAAGCAAGUACUGUGUAAUGACACAGUAUAAUACCGUAGAAUGAUGAAUGUGUGAAUAAUUGACUGGAUGAAUGAAUGAAAUUCAUUGAGGGGAGAUGGGGUUUGUAUUUCACAGUAUUUUACUGUAAUUACAUGGAAUUGGUACAAGCAGGUUGGCUGAAAGGUCAGGUGUUUAUACAUUACAUCAAAUCAAUACAUAUUUGGUGGUUUAUAUUACUUGCACUUCUAGAGACUUUAAAGAGAUUCUGCAGUACGUUUGUAUACUUUUUAGAAUGUAAUUCUGAAAGAUGCAUUCACAAGACAAAAGUGGUCGCCGAAUAUUGCGUACUACGUCACAUAUAGUAUGGGCAGAUAUGUGCACCACGUCAUUGCUCUCUCUCUCGCUGUGCUGUGUGUGCACAUCUUGCUAGCUGUCACUCAAAUGGCAAAGGGCUGAAGCUCAUUGGCUAGGACCAGUGCUUGACAUGGGCAGGAGUACCGGCACCUCAAAUGUUCUAGUUCUUGAAUUCCUGCACCUCUUAUUAUCUCAACAGUAUUGUGGAUCUCCUGCACCUCUUAUUAUCUCAACAGUAUUGUGGAGCUCCUGCACAUCUUAUUAUCUCAACAGUAUUGUGGAUCUCCUGCACCUCUUAUUAUCUCAACAGUAUUGUGGAUCUCCUGUACCUCUUAUUAUCUCAACAGUAUUGUGGAUCUCCUGCACCUCUUAUUAUCUCAACAGUAUUGUGGAUCUCCUGCACAUCUUAUUAUCUCAACAGUAUUGUGGAUCUCCUGUACCUCUUAUUAGCUCAACAGUAUUGUGGUGCUCCUGCACCUCUUAUUAGCCCACAGUAUUGUGGAUCUCCUGCACCUCUUAUUAUCUCAACAGUAUUGUGGUGCUCCUGCACCUUUUAUUAGCUCAACAGUAUUGUGGAUCUCCUGCACCUCUUAUUAGCUCAACAGUAUUGUGGAGCUCCUGCACCUCUUAUUAUCUCAACAGUAUUGUGGAUCUCCUGUACCUCUUAUUAUCUAAACAGUAUUGUGGAGCUCCUGCACCUCUUAUUAGCUCAACAGUAUUGUGGUGCUCCUGCACCUCUUAUUAGCCCACAGUAUUGUGGAUCUCCUGCACCUCUUAUUAUCUCAACAGU